AUGGUUAGUCAGCUCUAUGACUAUCUCUACAUUAAUGAGGAAAAGACCUGGACUGAAGCUCAGCAGUACUGCAGAGAGAACCACACUGACCUGGCCACAGUGUCUAACAUGACAGACAUGAAGAGACUCCUCAGUACCAGAGCAGGACACAUCAAGGAAGCUUGGAUUGGUCUGUAUGACCAGACAGAUGGUGACAGAACAUGGUACUGGUCUCUGCCUGGAGUGGAGUUCAAUGAAAGUGAGACAAACUGGAACAAAAAUGAACCAAAUAAUGUUAAGGCAACUCAAAACUGUGGUAUUAUAUGGAGAGAUCGAAAAUGGGGAGAUGAGUCCUGCAAUAAACAUUUCUAUUAUCUCUGCUACAAUGAUAAAGUGAUCCUGGUCAAAGAAAAGAUGAACUGGGAGGAUGCGUUAUACUACUGCAGAGAUCACUACCAUGACCUGGUCACCAUCACCAGCCUGGAUGAGCAGAGAUGGAUCCAGGAGAAAGCCAAGAACGCCUCGACUGAUUAUGUCUGGAUGGGACUGCGCUACACCUGUACUCUGGAUUUCUGGUUCUGGGUCAGUGAUGAGGUGGUCAGGUAUAAGAACUGGGCCUCAGGGGAACCAGUGGAUGACUGUGACAUGUCUGGAGCCAUGGAGACAGGAGGAGGACAUAAGUGGAGGAAAAUAAAUGAUCUAGAGGAGUUUAAUUUCCUCUGUUCAAAGUCCUAA